UAAAAUAAACAGUUCUAACCAAAAAACCAAAACAAAUCGUUUUUUUAUAAAAAACUUCUUAUAACGACUCCAACUAAAUCCCGAACAACUUAAUUGAAUUCAUAAUGACGGAUGAUCUGGAGUUUGGGCCAACACAAAGUGAAUCGAAAAGCGACGAAAAAAGCGAUAACAGCGAUAGUAAUAGUAAAAGUGGUGAAGUAAACGAAAAGAAUGGUAAAAAAGCGGAUCAACCUGGGAGUUGUUAUUGUGGAAAAGAUAGAAAUUUAAAUAUAGUCGAAUUGCUAUGUGCAAAUUGUCAUCGGUGGUUUCACGAGUCUUGUAUUGGGUACCAAUUGGGAAAAUUAGUUCCUUUUUUAUGCAACUACGUUUUUUUAUGUAAAAAUUGUUCUCCGACUGGUUUGGAAAAUUUUAAAAAAAGUCAAGCACAAAUCCCCCAAAUGUGCAUAACAACUUUAGCGAAUUUACAACAAACAAGUAUGAAAGAUGGAACGAAUCGAACGAUGUUUAGUAAAGAUAAAGAUAUCAUUCCUUACAUCGAAUAUCAUUGGGAGGCUCUUACAACAACAUCAAGGAGAGUUACUCAAUCUUGGCAUGCUACAGUUCAUAAAGCAUUAAUGAAAGAUAUUCAUAUUUUAUUUGUUUAUGAAGAAACUUCGUUAGAUGGACAAAUGUAUGGGCUUUUAAACACUGAUUUAACUCAUAUUAAACCUAAUUAUGAAGCGAUGAUACGAGGAGGAACAUUAAGAGUUACCGAUAUGGGAAUACAACAUGUGCCGGUUCCGAGUGGUCCCAAAAGCCGGAGUACCAAACGAAAAUUACCUGGCGAUUUACCCACUGGUAAAAAAGGAAGAAAUGUUGAGUUGGGAACGCCCAAAUUACCAGCUCAUGGUUAUCCGUUAGAUCAUCCGUUUAACAAGGAUGGUUAUCGAUAUUUAUUAGCCGAACCUGAUCCACAUGCUCCAUAUAGACAAGAAUUUGAUGAAAGUUCUGAUUGGGCCGGAAAACCAAUCCCCGGUUGGUUAUAUCGCACUUUAGUACCUAGCACGGUGUUAUUAGCCCUUCAUGAUAGGGCCCCUCAAUUAAAAAUUUCUGAAGAUCGAUUAGCCGUGACUGGCGACAAAGGAUAUUGCACUGUUAGAGCUACCCAUUGUGUAACUAAAGGAUGUUGGUAUUAUGAAGCAACAAUCGAAGAAAUGCCGGAAGGUUCAGCCACUAGAAUUGGUUGGGGGCAAGAUUACGCCAAUUUACAAGCUCCGGUUGGUUAUGAUAAAUUCGGUUAUUCUUGGAGAUCCAAGAAAGGAACUAAAUUUCAUGAAAGUAAUGGAAAACGUUAUGGGAUUAAUACUGAUGGUUAUGGGGAAGGUGAUACAUUAGGAUUUAUGAUUUUCCUACCUGAAUCGCCUCAUACAAGAAAUAUUCCAAAUACCUUUAAAGAUAGGCCACUAGUUAAAUUUAAAAGCCAUCUAUAUUAUGAAGAAAAAGACAACGUUUCGGAAUGUUUAAAAAAUUUAAAAACUUUAUCUGGAAGUAAAAUAAUCUUUUUCAAAAAUGGCCAAUGCCACGGAAUUGCUUUUAAUGAUAUUUAUUGCGGAUCUUAUUACCCAAUAUUGUCACUACAUAAAAACACUACAGUUUCUGUUAAUUUUGGACCCAACUUUAAAUGUGCUCCUCCUCAAGAUCAAUUUAAAUAUCGUGGGAUGUUUGAGAAAGCUGAAGAAGCAAUUUCCGAACAAACGAUGGCCGAUAUGCUGUAUUUAACUGAAAACGAAGGGAAAUUACGAUUGGAAAAUUUCGUUAUGUGACAAUAGUGGUCUUUUUUAGUUUCCUUGUUAAUUCGUUUCGUAUUGAAUUGGAACAAAAAUCUGUUUAAUUUGUUUUAUUAAUUUCCUAAAUAUAUUCAUAAUCAAGAAUAA